AUGCCUCCCAGUCUGUGCAUGAAGGCAGAGAACGUAAUGUUGAGUCUCCUGAUCCCUGGUCCAAUUGCACCAAGCAACAACAUCGACAUUUAUCUUGCUCCGUUGAUAGAUGAUCUUAUUGACUUGUGGAAUGAAGGUAUACAAGCAUAUGACUCAUUAUCCAAUGAGUAUUUCACACUCCGAGCUAUUUGUUGUGGACUAUCAGCGACUAUCCAGGUUUGGGGACAUUGGCUGGUUGUAAAGAGACGACUGAGGCCAGGCCACCCUUACCGACGCCGCAAAGCAUGGUUUGACAAUACCGUAGAGGAAGGGACUGCAAGCAGAAUUCAAACUGGAUCUGACAUAUUUGAGAUGCUCAAGGACUUCAAGAAUGAUUUUGGAAAACCUUUAGAGAAGAAAGGCAAGAAGAGAAAAUCAUGUGUGGAUGAAGAUGAUGAGAUUGGAGGUGAAGAAUAUGAAGAAGAUACUGACCAAUGGAGGUGGAAGAAACGGUCAAUUCUAUUCGAGUUACCUUACUGGAAGGAUAUGCCGGUACGUCAUAACAUUGACGUAAUGCAUGUGGAAAAGAAUGUGUCUGACGCCAUACUGUCCAUGUUGAUGCAUAGUGCGAAGUCAAAAGAUGGUGUGAAAGCUAGACAAGAUUUAGAAGAUAUGGGGAUUCGCAGCUCCUUACACACUGAGAGACCACGAAGCCUAAUCUUUGAUUUUCUUCUGAAGAAAACAAGUGCCCACUUCAGGGAAUUGCGUAGGAGUCAGAUUCCGCACACGACAGGCCGUAGAGGAAUGGUUCGUCUAACUCAUAAAAUGAAGAAGCAGAGCAAGGAGCCUGAAAAGGUUACUAGAAGUAAGGUUUGGAUUGAAGCGCACACACAUAAGGAUGGGAGACCAGCGAGACCAGAAUUUGAAGAAACCAUUGAAAAAGUCAAAACAAUUGAUAGUGAACUGGACUCCACUGUUAGCACGAAUAUUAAAGAAGAUGCUGUGAGUAAAGUGUUAGGACAAGACAUACCAGGAAGAGUUAGAGGUCUAGGCCGGGGGAUUAUUGCAUCAAAGUUAGCUAUAUUGGCAGCUAGAGACACAUACGUCAUGAAGCUUGAGGCCAAACAAGCAGAACUAGUGGAUGUAGUUCGUGGCUUGCAGGAACAACUUCAUAACUUGACUGAAUCAAGGAGAGUUGAAGUUGGGUCUACUACCUCUGAAGUGAAUACUGAUGUUUACAAAGGGGGACAUGGAUGUCAGAUUUUGGAUUGGUGUGUAGAGGAAGAGGUUGUUAUUGGGGAAGGAGAGUUUGUUUCGGCUGACGCAGAGUACAAGAUUGGACACAUUCCAAUAGGUCCUAACACGGCUGCUAUUAUUGUCAAGUCGUAUGAGGAGCAAGAAGCAGGGCCACUAUGGAGGCCUUCAGUAACUGUCAGAACACUGAGGCAAGCUGUUGGACAAGUUAUCGCAUGGCCAGUUGAUAGGUUCAUAUUGGACAGUGAAAUGGACUCUCCAACUCAUAAGACUGCUGGUUCAGCGGUGACAAGUGAUGAUAAAAUAAACAUCUAUGAUUGGAAUUCAACUGGUGUAACUGUUGCUGAGGGUAGUUUGUGUUCCACGGACCCAGAUGAUCUGGUAAACGACAUCCCACUGGGUCCAGGUGUUGCUAUUGUGAAGGUUGAUGUGGCAGUUGUUGAAGAUGCAUAUCAAUGGAGACCAGUUUCUGAUGAAAUGUUUCUGAUGAGUCAUGCAGUUAAGAUGAAAAUCUCAUGGCCUCUGAAUAAGAUUCAACAGAUUAGUCAGCAAGCCAUGAAAGAGACGAUAUCAAAGAAUAGCUCUCCCAAGAGUGUAAGUCACAGCUCUGAUAGCAGCAAAAGUGGUAAAAGGAAGUGCGUCCUCUUAGACUGCAAAAAUGCAAAGGUCGGGCAAUAA